CAUGGGCUUUUCCUCAGGAGAAGUGAGACUCGAAGGCCAGUCAGCUAUGCUCACUCCAUUCUCAACUGUGAGGCUACCACCUCAGGCCUCCAGGUUCCCCUUCCCAGUCACGACUGGCUGCCUAUGAUUUCUCCCUGCUGGACACUAAGCAGUGAAGGCGACUAAGCAGAGGCAUUUCAGAUCAGGGUUUUAUGGCCUGACUAUGGGUGUGGGAGUGUCGGGAUAGUGACGAGACAUCACUGAGGGAGGCAGGCUCUUCCAGGGCGGACUGUGCCUGUGGGCACUGAGGGCACGUGUAAGUGGCACGUGUCCCAGCUGAGCAGAGGGAGGAGAGAAUUCACCACACUCUCCUCCGUUUGCUUGAAAGCUUGCCAGACCUGAGACUAACCUGUGGGCUGCCUGAUCAUGAAGUCUCUUCUGCUCACUGUGGCUGUGCUGGUGCUCUUGUCACAGGCCAUUCCAGGCAGCACUGAAAGAUGUUGGAAUCUUCAUGGCUUCUGUCGUGAUAAAUGCCACAAGGAUGAAAGGGUGUUUGUUUUCUGCAUGACUGGGACACUGUGCUGUGUGAAACCCAAGUUCCAGCCACAUGUACACUGAUGUUAAUUAGUGCUAGAAACCUGAGGGCACAAAGAUAAAGAUAACCCUGCCCUCAGUCUGAGGGAUUCCUUCAGUAGAUUCCUGAGCUUUAUUAAAAUACCUUUGGCUGACUUCUGUGCCUGUCUCUUAGUAUACACAGUCAAGCUCACACAGAAGAAGCAUAGGCCACAAGCCUCCUAUUCCUCACCGAGCCCUCGUCAUUCAUGAAGCUCCUUCUCCUGAUUUUGACUGUGACCCUGCUCCUGACUCAGGUCACCCCAGUCAAGAAGUGUUGGAGUAAGUUGGGAAAGUGCAGAACAAAUUGCGAAGACAAUGAAGUGUUCUAUAUAUUAUGCAGUAAUGAGUCUAAGUGCUGUAUAAAUCCCAAGCAUGUGCCUGUCAAAUCUGGAUCCUCAAGCAUAACCGAAUCCUGAGAUUGCCUUCUGAAGUCUGACACUUCUUAUCCGACCUUGGGUUUGACAUCAUUGGAUCUCACAGUUUUAUUAAAUCACUUUUGGCUGAAUUCUGUGUGCGUCUGGCAGUUCCAUGUAGUUAUACUUGGAAGGAAGGAAGGAAGGAGGGAAGGAAGGAAGGGGUGUGGUAUGUGUGUAGGAGGGAGAACAGAAUGGACCAGUAAGCGGUAAUUAUUUUGUUCAUUUACUUGUUUCUUGCCCUAGAGAAUUUGGAUCUCGUGAAAUCUUGGCAGUUUUGUUUACCAUUGUAUCCCUGGUGCCUGGAACACAGAGGAAAGCAAUAAAUAUUUGCUAACUCUGUGAAUAUUUGAAGCCUAAGAGUGUCACUUGUCACCCACCAGGUCUCCUGAGUUCUCACGCUUUACCAUUGUCAGAGACACAAGACUGAGUGUGCUCUGUCUUCACGUAUCAUAUCGAGUCAUCAAGGGCCCUUGUUUCUUGUCCUGCAAAGCUUCCAUUUUUUCACUGCCGUAGGGUCAUUCUCUCAGUCCCACGUUGACACCCUUCCUCCUCUUUCCUCAUAUUUGAGGCCUUUGUACAUUGAGUUUUGCUGCUGAUCCCUUGAUCUGUCUGUCAGGUGAGAUGGUCCCACACUCUGACAUCCAAUCUCACAGUGGUUCUUGGUGGAAUCGAGCAAGAUUCCCUCAACAGAUUUGAUGAUGAAACACUUUAAGUUUAUUCUUGGACAUAUGAUUAGAUUUCACCAGAGAUCAC